CGGGCAGGCUUUACCAAACGGAUUUUGGUGCUCAUUCUGCUAUACGUCUUUGUGUUUUUCUACAAGCUGUUUCCUGUUUUCUGGAACAAUUCGUCACGUGUGAAUAAACGCAGCAUUAUCCAUAAUGAUCACAUACCAAAUAAUCUGGUAGAAUCGUACUAUCGGACUAACUAUGGAUCGUGUCAACAUUCCGUAAUAAAAGAAAACAACAUCAAUUGUAGAGGACUUAUUGAGAAUACAACCAUAUCCAAACUUAUUCCCAUCCAUAAAGCAAGGAUGUGUAAACUAAAUAAAAUUACAAAAAAUUGUAAAUUAUUUCGUCAAAUUAAUGGAUACGAAGAUAAAGUUAUCACUAAACUGGAAGAAGAUUUCCCAAUAGCUUUUGGAAUUCGUCUACAUAAAUCUGCAGAACCAAUAGAACAGAUUUUAAGAAUUAUUUAUCGCCCACACAAUUUUUAUUGUAUCCAUGUCGAUAACGGCAGUGAUAUCCGCGUAUUUAAUUCUUUAAAAUCAGUCGCCCGAUGUUUUGACAAUGUGAUCAUUUUGUCUCAAAUACGAACAAUAUACUCAUCUAUAAGACUUGUAGAAGCUGAUUUAUUGUGUAUGAAAGAAGCGAUGAAAUCAACAAUUCAAUGGAAAUAUUUUCUUAACAUGGCAGGUCAAGAAUUACCACUUAAAACUAAUCUGGAAAUAGUUCAAAUUUGCCAAAUCCUACAAGGAAGAAAUGAUAUUGAAUCUGAACCAGCAAACGAUGUUCUCAUGAACCGGAUGAUGUAUGAAUAUAAUUUUACGAAAUAUCGCUUGAAAAAAACUGAUAUCCGCAAAAAGCCAUUCGCACCAAGAAGUUUCUUCAGAAAAGGGAGCGCUUAUGGAACAUUUUCUAGAGAAUUUGUUGGAUUUGUUUUAUCUAGCGACAUAGCAAAAGAUUUGAUGGAGUUUUUAAAAAACGUUUGGGCCCCUGAAGAGACAUUCUUCAAUACCCUUAACUCCGUCGAGGGUGCACCAGGUGGUUACAAUAUUAGUGUUAAGCAUGGGACUUUCGAUUUCAUAUCCCGAGAGGAAAUCUGGAAAUGGGAUCCCGUUGUAUGUCAUGGUACAUUUUACAAAGAUGUUUGUAUAUUUAAUAAUCGAGAUCUACCGUGGCUGGUGAAACAACCUGAAAUCAUCGCCAAUAAGAUGGAGGGAGGUUAUGAUCAAGUGGUUAUAGAUUGUAUAGAAGAAUAUUUAUACAAUAAAUCGUUACAAGCUGAUAUAUUCGCAUUAAAUAAAACACAUUACAAACAAUACCCACACACCAAAGACCUAUAUAAGACUAACUGAUAAGUCUGAAAGAAACACCUGGGUAUUAUAUUAUCGAAUCAAGGACACAUUUUUUUAAGAUGUGUAUACAUACACCUGUAAGUAUAAUUCAAAACUAUAAAAUAAAUAAACUGUUUAAAAUUUGACAAUGA